AGAGUAAAAGUUGGGUGUAAAUUUGGAAUCACAAAAAAACAAGUACUCCGUAGUAUUUUCCCUGUAUGUUAGUCUGGCAGGCAAAGCAAGCGAGAUUAUAGUCAUCUCCGCCAUCCCCAUAAAUGUCCAAACUCCAAAAUCAUCAUUUUCUGUUCCCAAUAAUCUAUACUCUGUACCACAUCACCACCUCUUCCGCAAUGUGAAAGGGGGAAAAAGAAAUGGAAGGUGUGAAUCAGGAGCGAGUUGUUUAUAGUUAGUGUGAUAGUACGAAUGCGGGAAUAUAAUAUAAUAAAAUAAAAUCAUUUAAUGCGAUAGUAAGCAGCACAGAUCUGCUAAUCAAUCGCUUCUUUAAUUUUGUUUCUCGCUAAAUAUUUCACCAUAUUUGUCACUCAUACAAACGAUCUCUCACUGCAAACAUCUCUAUAAAUCGAAGAAAAUGGACAGUAUUAACUGGACAAUGACGGCAUGCACUGUGUGCCUUAUGCUCACAUUGCAUUUCACUAUUCAGCUCGCAUCGCAGCAUCUUCUGUCAUGGAAGAAGCCCAAGGAGCAAAAGGCCAUACUUGUCAUCAUCAUGAUGGCUCCCUUGUACGCUAUCAUCUCCUACAUUGGUUUGAUAGAUUUUCUUGGAAGCAAAACGUUUUUCACGUUUCUUGAGUCCGUGAAGGAGUGUUAUGAAGCUCUCGUGAUGGCUAAGUUUUUAGCUUUGAUGUACACAUACCUUAAUAUAUCCAUAAGCAAUAACAUAGUCCCCGAUGAGAUUAAAGGAAGGGAAAUUCACCACUCGUUUCCAAUGACACUCUUUCAGCCUCGCACAGUCCAAUUAAACCAUCAGAGAUUGAAGAGUCUCAAAUACUGGACAUGGCAGUUUGUUGUUAUCCGCCCUUUAUGCUCUAUAUUAAUGAUUUCUCUACAACUACUUGGAACAUACCCUGAUUGGGUUAGCUGGACCUUCACCAUCAUCUUAAAUAUUUCGGUUUCACUAGCUCUAUAUUCACUCGUGCUCUUUUACCAUGUCUUUGCAAAAGAGUUAGCACCACACAAGCCACUUGCCAAGUUUUUGUGCGUCAAAGGAAUUGUAUUCUUCUGUUUCUGGCAGGGGAUUGCCCUCGAGAUUCUUGCUGCAGUGGGCGUAAUCAAAUCGCAUCAUGUCUGGUUCGACGUGGAGCAUAUCCAGGAAGCUCUUCAGAACAUUUUUGUGAUUGUGGAAAUGGUUUUCUUCGCGUUCUAUCAGCAAAGCGCAUAUUCAGCUGCUCCUUAUCGCCAGGCCCAGGCGACGAUGGCUUCAGGCACCACAGACAAAAAGAAAGACUAGUCUGAGAGCACAAGUUUCCUCCCUCAACAACAAUCAUACUAUGCUGGUUCAUGAUCUAUAUAUAACUCAUUUUCCACUUCUUUCAAGUUACAGCAUUGUCCUUGAUACCAUGGCCAUGCAUGUAAUACAAAUAAUAAUAUAUGAUUGUUGCCAUUUUUGAA